CCUCAUCUCCGGAGCUUGAAUAUGGCAAGCGCAAAUGGUACAACCGUGCGCUCCAGCAACUUUUAGGAUGUGCUGGAUAAUUCCGCAUUAGAGGAUGCGAUAGCGAAUGAGGAGGAAACACAGAUCCUGCCUUACGCAUCAGGGUGAAAAAACGCCACCCAACCCGCUAGACUUUACUAGAAAGACAAAAGUAGCCAAGGAACGGGAAUUAAAUUCACUCGCUGCUACCCAACGGCAGAAUACCGCAGACUGAUCAUUUGGAUACACCGACACAUGGGAAAAAAUACUUCGGGUGUGAGAAAAAGCACAAUAUUUGGGAAGGAUCUUUCGCUCAACGAGGAGACUCGGUGGCAUCCUUCUGGAUUUUUGACACCGUAAAUCCAAUCUAAUGCGGGAUGUUCGGACUCUGAAGUCCAUUUGACCUAAAGUAAAGUAAACCGAUCCCAAUGUGAGGUGAAGAACAGUAUGAUGAGUGCUCCUGGAUAUCCUCCGACAUCGAUACUGGAACUUAAUCGCGCAUUUUUGUGAUCAUCUCUCCGCGCGCAAAGGGGAUCUUUUCACUUUCACUGCCCUUUCGUGUCGGCCAGUAAGAUGGAAGUUUCUCAUAGGGCGAGAACAAACAUGUUGCGUCUCCAUACUCUGCAUUUUAUUGUGAUGCUGCUCAGAGUUACAGACUGUCGAAUCCUGGAGAAUCUUCAACGCUACGCUUCCCCUACUUACCUACCCGUCAACUAUCAACUCCUCAACACAGAGUCCUCUUUCUUCCUCAAGGAGGCCACCCAGGACUUCAUGCGCAACUCGAGUUUCCUCUCCAGAACGGAACUGUUCUUCAUCCAGCAGGCAAGGAAGCCUCCCAUCAUCAAUGCAACCUAUGGGACCCUUGCUGUCGAAGAGCCUGUACCUUUGGACCUUCUCCAGAUGCCCGGCUCCUUUGUGGCAUCCACAGAACUCUUCACCUUCAAUUGGAAAGUUCAGACCUUUGUUCUCAACGAGCGGAUUUUCCUAAACAAACCCAAAGUUCAAGUUUUGUUCUACAUUUCUGGAAGGGAUUGGGAUGACUACAGCGCAGUGGACAAGCUCCCCUGCGUACGGAUGUUCGCUUUCCAUGAAACCCAGGAGGUCCAUGGGAGCUGCAGGUUGCGAGGGGACAUGGGCGUUUGCGUUGCUGAGCUCGAACCUCUUCCUGGGUGGUUUGCACCUCCUAGCGUCGUCCCUGGUCGACAGAGAAAUCCAGAUUUGUCUGAAGGAACACCUGUAGAGUUGUACUACAGCCUUCGGGCCCCAGAAGCAGGAGGGUGUCUUUCUGAGGAGUUAGGAGUCCGGAGCACCGCUCACUCAGAUCAGGAAGGAAUGUUUGGGUCACCGACUUCAACACCCAUGAGGCACAUUGGGAGUGUACGAUUAUUCCAGAACCCAUCUCCUCCGGAAUUAUCAGAGCAACGUUUGGAUGGGAAUUUUGCAGUGUUGGUACCGUCUGCGCCAGUUCGGCAAAGGGAUACUGUGUCAGCGUAUGUUGCAGCUUUGCCGUAUUCACCUGUGGAAAUGUUCACUCUCAGAGUGAAGUUAAAAGAUGGAGUGGCAUUUCUUGGUGCUCGACCCUGUAACCCCACGCUCUGGAUGGUUAGUCAAGACGUCAGAACAGAAGGACACAGGAUUGUGACGCUGCAUUGUCGACGUAAAGAGUCCAGCUACGGACAGAGUUUGGAGCCGGGCUGGCAGAGGGUUGUUCAGGUGGAUCUGGAGGUGGAUGGCGGUGGUAGUGCAGUAGGCAGCAGGUCAUUUUCCUGGGCAGUGGAAUACCCAGGCAUCAGGCCUGGCAUGGAGGAAACAGAGACGCACAUCCACCUGGCACAGAAAGACCUUGUGGGCAUCGUGCCAUUGGCUAUGGAAACGGAGAUCCUGAACACAGCAGUGCUGAAUGGGAAGACGGUGGCAGUGCCAGUGAAGGUGGUGACUGUGGGCACAGAUGGGACCAUUACAGAUGUGUCAGACACUGUGCAGUGCCAGUCCACUGAUGAAGACGUGGUUAAGGUGUCAGACAGGUGUGAUUACGUCUAUGUGAAUGGUAAAGAGAUGAGGGGACGGGUCAGAAUGCUGGUGAAUUUCACGUACGGUUACCUGAGGGCCCAGCUCGAGGUGAAAGUCUGGAUUCCUAAACUGCCCCUGCACAUUGAAGUUUCGGAUACAGAACUCAGUCAGAUCAAGGGCUGGAGGAUCCCCGUAAACCCCAACACCCAGAGGUCAGCGCGUGACAGUGAAGAUGAAGAUGAUGAUGAAGAGCGCAGAGGAAAGACCUGUACUCUUCAGUAUCAGAGGGCCAUGGUGCGAGUGCUCACACAUUUUGUGGCCGAAUCCUCUGAGACGCGAGGUCAGGUGACACACAUGCUGGGCAGUGAUUGGCAGGUGGACAUUACAGAGCUCGUCUGGGACUUCUUGAAAGUAGAGAAUCCCCGAAUUGCCAGACUGAGAGAGGGACGCAUUUUGGAGGGCAUAGACAGAGGAAUGACCAGCAUUCAGGUUCUGUCACCGUUGUCAGACUCCAUCCUGGCAGAGAAGACGGUGGGGGUUGUGGAUGAUCGAGUGACCAUCACUGAACUGGGCCUGCAGUUGGUCAGUGGUCUCACACUCAACCUUCAGCUCAGCACAGGAAGCAACCGAGCCAUCAGUGCCACAGCAACCACACAGGAAGUGCUCAGCAGUCCUAAACAGGAGGCGCUGAUCAGUGCUUGGCUGCAGUUCAGUGAUGGCUCCAUGGCUCCUCUAGAUCUAUACAACCCUGAUCACUUUAUUCUGACUGCUACCUCUCUAGAUGAGGAUGUGGUGUCCAUUCGGCAGGAUGCUGCAGGCCGGUGGCCGAUAAUUUCAGCACGAGCUGAGGGUCAAGGUCUGCUGGUGCACGUCGAAAUGACGGUCUGUGAAGUAUGCCAAAAAUUUAAGCGCCGGAGUGUCUUGGCUGCUGGAAACUGCAACAUCCGGGUAAAGUUCGGUCACAGUGAAAGCGCCUUAAGGCCUGGCGAUUAUGGCCAGGAUGGUGAAGACAUGGACAACAGACCAGGAGACCGCAGACAGAACCCAUCUCUCCCUGACAGGACUGGAAUGGAUAACCACUACUAUGGAAGCUCCAUCUCAGACAUGGAGGAUGGCAUCAUGAGACGAAUUACUACCACGACCAAAACGGCAAUCAUACGAAGACCUGGUGGAGACAAGCUCUCAGAUGAUGGAAGCCAGUUGCCUGGCAUUCCCAUUGACUUCUCAGACUUUCCCGCUCAAGUGGACCUUCCCAGAGGACAAAAUGUGGAUGAGGAUGACCUUCAAAUACCUCACGGACUUACUGACCUUGAAAUUGGGAUGUACGCUUUGCUAGGAGUCUUCUGCUUGGCCAUUCUGGUCUUCCUCAUCAACUGCAUCUCGUACACUCUAAAGUACCGACACAAGGAGAUGUCGAUCGAGGGCCAGGAGAGUCUGAAUCAUGCACAUGAUUGGGUGUGGCUUGGAAAUGAUGCCGAACUCUUAGAGAGCCAUGUGAGUCUGUCUCCACAGACUGAUGAGCACAUCACCAUUAUGGACUCCAGCUUAGGAGGGUUAGAAGAAGGGAGCCACCUUCUCAAUGGCGGAUCUUUGCAGAAGAACGUUCAAGGCCAGGUACACCGAGGAGCUGACACUGCGACAGUCUGCACCGGAAAAGACAGCAAAGGUGAUUCACCAACGACCAAAAGAAAACGAGUCAAGUUUACCACUUUCACCACCAUUCCAGUGGAAAGCGUCAGUCCAGCUAAGGAAAAGCUGGGAGUUGAUCCUGACGAUGACAUUAAGUGGGUAUGUCAGGACGUUGAGCUUAGCGACUCCAAGGAACUACGAAACUACAUGGAGCGACUAAAUGACAGUGCUUUAAAGGACGUGGCGUAGUCGAAUCAGUGUGUGCAGACUGAACUCACCCUUAUGCCUUUGUAAUAGAGACAAGUACGAGCCAGGGAACAACUGCUACAUAAACCUUACCGAAAACAACGCAUCAGCCAUUACAUAAAGGAUGUCUAGCGUUCUUUUGGUUUGACUUGCCAGCGGUAGGACAAUGCUGAGAUCGGUAGACUUGACAUUUUAUCAAGACGAAACAAUUUUUUUUUUUUUUUGUAAGUUCACUUAUAUUACGUUCUCAACGCUCUUCGUUUUUUUAAUGAUUUUAUUUUAGCACCUUUUGUAGUAAAAAACUAAACAGUAUUUCCAGGCUUGCCAAUGCUCUGCACUCACUUAUGAGGCUACAGGACUGUAUGCAGAUGGUGACAUGUAGAUUAAGGAUUGUAAUAUUAAAAAAAAUCAAUGUAAAUA